AUGUUCAGAACUGAACUUCACAAACUGUUAUCCAGCACAAUUGGAAGAGACCAGUAUGUUGUAAAGUUCAAAAAACUUCGUGAAAAUCCUGUCUUGAAGGAAUUUGAUGUCGAUGAUAUUUUCAGCUACGAACGGGAUAAGACAGGACUUCCACAAGUGUAUCUGGACUCUGCAUAUGUCGAUCUUUUGAAGGAGAAUAGCGCACGUAUUCAAAAGGCUCUUGAUCGUGAUCCAACAGUAGAGCCAAACUCAAGGGUAUCCCUUGAUAUGUACGAAUCUCUGCAGUCGGAACAUCUUGAUAUUUGCAGAGAGUUAGAAGAAUUGAAGGAAAAGACGACGGGGCUUGAACACUCAACAAGUGAACAGAUUGAAAACUUGAAAGAAACAAUAUCGAAAACUACAGGUUUACUCCAAGAGUCUGAGAAAAAUUUGAAAGCAGCCAAAUCUGAAAAAGAGUCCCUUGAACUAGCCCAUACCAAAUCAAUUAAAGACAUGGAAGAGUUAGAGGUAAAAUAUAAUAAGUUGGAUGAAAAUUUCAAGCAGAUAUCUGACUCAUUACAAAAGGCCAAUAGAGCGGUUGAAGAACACAAACAAAAGGAGAAGCAAUUGAUCUCGCAACUUGGAAAUAUGACGAGAGAUAAGGAGAAGGCUGAAGGUGGUAUUAACAAGAUGAAUCGGGAGCUUUUCUCUUUAACGCGAGCAAAAGAAGAUGCUGACAAAGAGAACAAAACUCUUCAGAAGCAAAUCCAAGAUUUGCAGAAACAGAUACUGAAAUCUCAAGAAUCUGACUCGAAGCUCAAGAGCCAGUUGAAGGAAAUGACCGCGUCAAGGGACAAGAUACUGCGGGAGUCGAAGGAAAGUCUGGAAGCAGCUAAGAAAUUUGAACUUCAGGUGAAGGCUAGUUCUGCAGAAUUGGUACAAGUCAAAACUCAGUUUCAAGAAUUGAGUGACUCUUUCACCGAAGUAGAGACAUUAAAAGAGACGCUGAUAAGCAAGCUCCAAUCUGCAGCACAACAAAUUGAACAACUCAAAAGUCGUAAGGCAGAACUAGGAACCGAAAUCGAAAAACUUAAUAACGAGAAAGCGAAUCUAUCAAGUGAGCUCGAUAAGUCUAAGUUGCUAAACUCGGAAUUAAAGUCGAAAGUAGAUGCUAUCGCCCUAGAUAAGGAUAGUCGAGGUAAAGAGAUUGAGUCACUAUCUAGACGGAUAGUCGAGUUUGAAACUGCUAAAUCGAAGCUCGAAGAUGAACUUAAAAUUUCGGAAAAUACGACGGAAGCACUUACUAAGGAAAAGCAAGAAUCAGAAUUACUGAAAACUGCCCUUCGGGAAGAAAUCAAUCAACUAAAAAUAGAACUAGAUGAGCUGAGAGCUGAAAAUAACACUUUGAAGCUGGAGGCAGCGAACUUGGUGGAAAAUGGGAAUCCCAAGCAAGCUGAAGAGCUUGAAAAGAAGUACAAAGAUCAAGUUUCUGAAAUGGAAUUUAAGCUCAAAAACCUUUCUGAUGAAUUAAGUGCUGCCAAACAAAAAGAUUCUGAAGAUAAAGAUACCCAGCUGUCUACACUUGAGGAUGAAAUCAGUUCAUUAGAAAAGGAGAAGAGCAUAUUAGAGAAAGUAAACUCGGCCAAACUGGCAUCGCUUGAAAAGGCGCAUUCUACGGAAAAGGAUUCACUUGAGCAGCAGCAUGUUAAAGAAAAAGAUAAUUUGCACAAGGAUUUCUCCGAUCAAAAGAGCAUCCUUGAAAAGGAAUUCGUCAAGCAAAAGGAAGAGAUUUUAAGUAGCCAUGAAAAUGAGAAAGAAACACUUGAAAAAGCGCAUCGUAAAGCAAUUGAGGAAAAUAAGAAAAUACUUUUCGCAUCGCAUACAGAUGCCAUGGAGAAACUACGAAAUGAACUACAAAAAUCACAAUCUGCAGAAGCUGAAAAGCUUAAGGAUCUUUACGAGAAGUCACAACAGGAGAAUAUUGCGUUAUCACGCAAGUUCGAGGAGCAAGUGGCAAAGUUAGAAUCCGAAAAUAAAAAUCUCACUCAAAAACUUCAGCUCGGGGAGAAGUCAAAGGACAAACCUACAGUCGAUAUGGUUCCUAAAUCUGACUUGGAUGAUCUCAUGCUAUUACUAAAUGACCUUGAUGAACAGAAGAAAAAGUAUAAGAAACAGCUGCUUAAAUUAGGGGCAGAUGUAACAGAUUCUGAGGAUGACUCUGAAGAUGACGACGAUGAGGAGGAAGGUGAUGACGAGGGUGAUGAAGAUGGCAAUUAG